AUGAAACUAUCAGAGUUAGGAGCAGCAGGAACAAAGUGUAAAGAGCACAUAAAUGACAAACAACUACCUGGUGUUUGUUAUUAUUGUUUAAGAGAUAAACUUUCAAAGGUAAACAACAACAACAGCAACAACAAACAAGUUCAUCAUGUAUCUCAAUCUCCACAGCACUUUUUUUCAUCCUCAUCAAAUUACAUGUCUCAAUCUCAAGGUCAUAGCCGCCGUCAUCAUCGUCGCCAAACGUCUAGUGUGAUGGAUUCUUUUUCUUCUGAUAUGGUUAGCUUCAAUUAUGGAUUGAAGAAGAGUAAGUCGAUUGCUUUUGUUUCAACAAGCCAAAUCAGAGAAAGGGAAGUUUAUGGAAAUUAUAAGAAAAGAAGCUUUUGGUCCAAGCUACUCAAAUUCACUAGGAAGGAUGUGAAAGAAUGCAUUCAAGAACAAUGA